AGUGCUAAUCCUUGAUAAAUAAGGUAUCCCUAUGGUUGGAUGAUCGACUUACGUUCUGACCUCGGCCUAUCUUUUUCUUCGUUGUAUUAUUUACUGAUCCUAUCCUCGACCGUCAGGAUCUGCAGACGAGUUUUCUGCUCUUUCGACGUAUACCUGUCUCGGUAACACACCAACUUCUUCUCGACCUUGACUUAUAAACUGUGCAUAUCCGUCAUAGGGACUCAGAAUUGUAUUCCGAUCGUGAUCGAUCAUUCAGAACAGUUAGGAUCAUGGAGCUCGCCAACCACCCGUAUGAAGGAGGACAUGUCGAUGGAGGAGAUCGCUCGACAGACGUCAUCGCACCCGGGCCACCAAGAAAUUUAAGCCUCACGAACAGCAACUUUUCUUAUCCUCAGCCGGAGGAGGAACUACGUCGCCAUGAGUCAAAUAAUCGUCGAUCAUCACUGACGUCGAAUGGCUCUAUGCCGGGGAUGACAGAUUCGUCCGACUCAGAGACUUCAUUUGACGAGGAUUACAGCACAUCAACUAAUGAACUCUGGGAUAGAUUUUGGCUUGACAGUGCAACUGGUCCGGGCGAGCAGUACCCUGUGCUGCUACGAGCUUCACAGACACCGCAUUGUCUUCCUAAAAGUUUCCCGAAACGCAGAUCAGAUGAGAAGGAUGAUACAGUGGCGGUAUCAAAGUCGGUAUCGUCGUCCCAGAAAUCCACGGAUUCAAGCAAAGCUGUCGCCACUCAAGCAUUGCCUCCACGUCCAGCAACGAGAAAUGGCUCGCCCACGUAUUCUAUCUACCCCAAGCCGGAGCCGAAUAGUAUCUUGCGACUUCCACUACCCCCGCGGACUUCAUCGUUGGCUCCAGCUCCUCUCUCACCCCCGCGGCGACAGCUUCUAAAGUCAGCGAAAUCGACUAUAAACCUCAAGCCUAGCAAAUCGCACCACAACCUUCAACCCACCGAUACCAUUCCUCCUAUAUCUAGGAUGCCUAUGGCGCCUGUGUCUGCUAACUCCGUCCCUGUAUCACCAGCCUACCCUCCACCACCGCCUCCAAGGGCUCUGCGCCCGACAUCCUCGGCAUUCAACUUACGUGAUCAGAGCAGCGCGUAUAACCGUAUGCAGCACAAUGCUAUGGCGCCCUUAUCGCCGCUCAGCUCACCAGCAAUGACACCAGAGCCAGCAUUCCACACUGUUUCGCGACCAGAGGCUGAGCCUUUUAUCUCGGUGUUCGAGUUUGAUUCAGAUCAUGAGUCGUACAUGGAGAGCAAUAGCUUCACCAAGCGCAUCGCCCGCGGGUUCCACAAGAAGAGCGCGAGCGAGAAGCGUAGUAGUGGACGACGUGGUAGUGACGACUUAGAAGCCCAUGGCUCGGACAAAGAAAAGCGCAAGCGUGGAGGUAGUUUAGGACGCAUCUUAGGACUUAGAAGUCGCUAAGGCUGGCAUACGUCUACAACCACAACAACAUCACCAUAUCAUUCAUCUACGUUCU